GAUGAAUUUAUGUUUUAUGUGUGGGAUGUAUUGAGUAAAAAAAUAGUGUUAAAACUAUGUGAUGUGAUUAGUAAUUGUUACGGUGUGAAUAACAGCCUCUUCUCCUAUUGUCGUCACUUCACGUAACUUUCUCAUUCUAUGCCUUAACAUUUUCUGUUUUUACUCCAACAAAAAUUUCCGACCGAAGUUCGAUCAAACAAGUAAAUAUGUUGUGUUUUUAUGCAGUUUUCACUUCCUCAACAUCCCAAGACUUCAACAAAUCAGUCUUUGGAUCCUUUGUCUUUCUCUCUCUAGAAAGAGACAUUUUCUAUUUUAUGAGAACUUUCCUUUUUUCGAGUCAAAGAUCUGUCUUUUGAGGGAGUAACAAUGAAGUCCUCUACUCAGCUUGAUUCAGUUGUGUUCCAACUCACACCAACUCGAACCAGGUGUGAUUUGGUCAUAUCCGCAAAUGGAAAGACAGAGAAAAUGGCAUCAGGUUUGCUUAAUCCAUUUGUUGCCCAUUUGAAGUCUGCACAAGAGCAGAUGGCCAAGGGUGGUUAUUCAAUUAUCCUUCAACCAGACCCCAGCAUUGAUGCAACUUGGUUCACAAAAGGAACAGUGGAAAUGUUUGUUCGAUUUGUGAGUACUCCAGAGAUUUUGGAACGGGUGUAUACUGUCGAAUCUGAAAUUUUGCAGAUUGAAGAGGCUAUUGCAAUUCAAAGCAAUAACAAGAUAGGAUUGAGUGCUGUAGAAGACCCUCAAGUAAAACCUUUGGAAAGUAUAGAAGGCAAAAGGGCCACAUCAGAUUCCAACGAGAAGAAAGCCAUCGUCCUUUACACACCUGGUGCACAGCCCCCUGAAGCAAAUGGGUCUGCUGUACAGGAAGGAAAUUCUAAAGUUCAACUUUUGAAAGUACUGGAGACAAGGAAGACAGUGCUGCAGAAAGAGCAAGGAAUGGCCUUUGCACGUGCUGUAGCUGCUGGUUUUAACGUUGUCCACAUGGCACCUUUGAUGUCAUUUGCUGAAAGUUUUGGAGCCUCUCGUUUGAGGGAUGCUUGUGUAAAAUUUACUGAAUUAUGGAAAAGAAAGCACGAAACUGGCCAAUGGCUUGAAAUUGAAGCAGCUGAAGCAAUGUCUAGUGGAUAUGAUUUCUCUGCUAUGAAUGGAUCUGGGAUUGUUUUUUCCAAUAUGAUCAAUAAGCAGAAAGAGCUGAAGGAAGCAUGCCCUGAAAUUUCAGAAAACAAUGGAAAAGCUGGUUUGGAGUCAAGUACAGAUGAGAAGCAUACCAUGGAUCAACAGACCCCUGGCCAUCAAGAAUAUUACCAGCCACAGCUGCCGCAUCCUGUGUUUCCUCCCUGGCCUAUCCAUUCUCCACCAGGUAGUAUGCCAACCUUUCAAGGAUAUCCUAUGCAAGGCAUGCCAUAUUACCCAAACUAUCCAGGAAGUAUCCCAUUCUUUCAGCAACCAUAUCCAUCAAUGGAGGAUCCAAGACUGAAUGCUGGUCAAAGAAUACAGAAACGGCAUUCAAUGGAUAGCAGAGAUGGUCAUAAUGGAUCGGAUACCUGGGAGAUAGAGGGAGCAAAAUCUCAAGAUGAGGAGGAUUUGAAGAAUGAAACUUUACGAAGUCCAAAACCAAGAAAGAAGAGUAGUAGGUCAGGUAAAAAGCAGUCAGGAAAGGUGGUCAUUCGGAACAUCAAUUAUAUCACUUCAAAGAGGCAAAACUCUUCAUGUAGUGAUUCACAGUCGCAUUCUGGCUCUGAAAUGGAUGAGGAAGGUGGAAAUUCGGAGCAUAAGAACUCUCUGAGAUCCUCAAAGGGGAAAGGAAGUCGAACAAAGUCUGUUGAUGCAUUGAAUUCAUUUGAUAGGGAAGAAUCAGUUCCAGGGAAGGAGACAGAUGGUGGACACUGGCAAGCAUUUCAAAAUUAUUUACUUAGAGAUGCUGAAGAGGAAGAACAUAUAACUGACCAAGGCAUGUUUUCAAUGGAAAAGGAGGUUCAAGGAAAGAGAAGGCCAAAUAGAGUGGGUGAAGACCCUUUAGUUUUUGGUGGACGAGAAAUGGGUCAAUUCGAAGAAGGGAAUACAACUGACAUGCAUAAAAUUAGUGCAAGUAGCUCUCGCUUGCCUAAAGCAUCGAAUGAUCAGUCUUUGAUUUCUAGGAGUGGUCACUCUGCUAAUGGUACAAUUUUCAUGGAUGGUCAAAUGGAUUUACAUUCUGCAGAAAUAGAUGGCAGGAGGGUGUAUAGGAGGACCACAAAUGAUGACUAUAUAAUAGGUAAACAACAGAAUCUGUCAGAUUUUAUGAAUUCUCCAUCAGAUCACCUGGCUUUUAAUGGGUAUGAACGUUCAUCCAACAGUUUGGAAAGAAGAUUAUCAAAUAAUAUAGAUGAUGAUUCCUACAUCGUUCCAUCGAGGUCAACUUCAGUCACUCAAGUUGGAACUGAUCGCAAUGUUAUCAAUAUGGAUUCUGAGUUCUCGUUGUCACUUCAGAAAGCAGAAAAUAUAUCUAAUAGGGUUGGAAGCCAGGUCAACUAUGGACCAGAUGGUUUGAAUUUGAUGCCUGAGCGUGGAACGGAAAUGAGGCCAAUUGGUUAUGAUCCUGCUUUGGAUUAUGAAAUGCAGGUUCACGCUGAAGAUGGUACUUCACUGGAUAAGAAAAAUAAAGAGGGCUUGCAGGGGUCUAAAAAGUCAAACAAGGACCGAAAAUUGAAACUUACUGCUGAUACUUCAGAUAAAAAGAAGGCUGUAGGGCCAAUAAGGAAAGGAAAGCCUUCAAAACUGAGUCCUUUGGAUGAAGCAAAAGCCCGGGCUGAAAGGCUAAGAACCUAUAAAGCUGAUCUUCAGAAAAUGAAGAAGGAGAAGGAAGAGACAGAGAUUAGACGACUGGAGGCUUUGAAGAUUGAGAGACAAAAGAGAAUCGCUGCUAGAGGCAGUUCUGUUCCUGCUCAGUCAUCUGUGCCCACUCAAGGCCGGAGACGAGUGCCAUCAAAACUUUCCCCAAGCUCUCAUAAGGGAUCAAAGUUUACUGAUGCUUCGCCUGGAUUAUCAUCACCACUACAGAGAACCGUCAGGACUGCUUCUGUGGGAUCAACUGAUUCUCACAAAGCCUCCAAACCUAGCAAAUUGAACACAGGAACCCACUCCAGUGGAAAGAGAUUAAGCCGGUCAGUUUCAGCACUUCCUGAACUGAAGAAAGACUUCAGUGGUGUAACUCCUAAUGCAAAGGCAUCUAUGGCUAGGAUUAGGAGAUUAUCAGAGCUGAAAACAAGUAGCAGCCCAUAUGUUUCUUCAGUGAAGUCACAGAACUCUGAACCAUCAUCUAAAAGAAAAGUAUCUGGAGGUCCUGAAAGGAAAAAAAUAUCAGCAAUUAUGAACCAUGAUAAAGGUAUGAUUACAUCUCUUCGACGGCUCAAAAUUAAAACAACUAAAGCCCCUAAUGUUACCCACAGCAAAUCAGGAGGAAAUGAAAUGACUCAGAAGGUGAAUGGAAGUAUUUCUUCUACCACGGAUGUUACUGAAUCAAAUAGGAACAAGAACAAAAUUUCACUUCAUACUGAUGGGGAUGACAGUACAGUAAUUGAUAAAACUGUUGUGAUGCUUGAACUUGAGAAGCCCUCCGUUCCCACAGUAAACUCAUCAGAAGGAACUACAGCAGUACAGAAGGAAUAUGAUGGCAUCUUUAAAAUAAAAAGGAAAACUGAGAUGGUGUCAGAUCAUGCUGCAAUUCGUGCACCAGUUUCUUCACUGAAUGUUAAUGCAUUUGAUAAGGAACACCGGAUACAACAAAGACCACAAGCUUAUGAGGUUCGAAAGGGAAAUUUUAGUAACACUGAGAAGGGAUCAUCAAAAUUUAGGAGCUCUAGUGUUACUGAGAAACCUUACGAAGCCCCUUUUGCUCGGGUCUCUUCUUUGGAAGAUCCAUGUACCGAAAUUCCAGAGUAUGGCAAAGCAACUCCAACUAGCAUGCUGGCUGCAGAAACAGAGUCAGUGAAUGUUAGAGCUCUUGUAGCCGAUUCUAAGAACUUGAAACUAGAAAAGAUUCCUGAAAUGUUGGAUAAGCCUCAGGUAAAGGAGUCAUCUAAAGGGUUUCAACGGCUGUUGAAGUUUGGAAGAAAGAAUCAUAGCUCAGCUACGAGUGAAGGUAGUAUCAAAUCAGAUAGUGUCAGUUUUAAUGGGUCUGAGGCUAAUGAGUUGGUUGCAAACACUGCCUCUUCUAGUGAAGUUCAUACGUUAAAGAAUCUUAUCUCUCAGCAUGAGACCACAACAGCCAGCAAUACUCCACAAAAGUCUUCUCGCUCGUUUUCCCUGUUGUCACCAUUCAGAAGCAAGACUAGUGAAAAGAAGUUUACAGCUUGAUGAUGAAGGUGAAGACUGAAGAAGCAAAUUUGUCUUCUUUUCCGUGGAUUUGACUGUGAAUUGUUACAUUCCUUACUGCAAUGUAACAAAAUAGGUACCAUUAAGAAUAUUUUUGUUAAAAAGUUCUUUCUGCAGCCACUUUUAUUGGUUGUUCUGUUUGAUAAGAAAAAGAAUU